UUAACUUACGGCCACAAAGACAGUUGUGUUGCAUGUGAGACCAAACCUGUUGCUCGAAGCCCACCCACCCACUCAAACUCAUCCCCAAUAAUUGAAUUUUCAAUUUUCAAUCCAACAAUAACACAAAUAAAAAUAAAACAGCAAAAGAAAUUAGGUUACACAACUUCAAUUCAGACCACACAUCUCGCCGCCGUCAAUCGCCAUGGAUCAACACUUCCUCCACCACUACAACCACCAAGAACACCGUUCACGAUACGCUCCUCCAAAUUCUCAAUCGCAUCACCACCUCCCUCCACCACCCGCUCUUCCACCUCCUCCACCUCUCUCUUACCGCUCUGUCGAUACCCUUCCUCCUCCACCCCCGCCCCCAUCUUACAACCCUCCCCGAUUCCCUUUUUACCCCAUCGAAGAACCACGCACUCUCUCAAACUCAUUCACCAAUCGUAACGAUCAUCUCCCCCGCCGUAUCGUCCCCGAACCCCCGUGGAACCCUAACCCCGAAGAUCGCUCCACCAGAAGUUAUCCUCCCGUCGAUUUCCAUCGCGAAUCGAAUCACCACCAUAACCACCGUCCUCCGCCUUCAUAUCCACCUGUCCGAUACGAAUCUGAGAGCUCUUACGGGAGGUUAAGCACAGAAACCUCCCGCCUAGUAGGAAGCCCUAGGGAAGCCUUCGUCUACAGCAGAACCACCAACGACGAUAGCUACCAUCGCCACGGAACGGCCACAUCCACCUCCACAUCGAAUCACGCCUAUCACCCAAUCAAUGACGUAUCCCCCAGGAGGUGGUUGAAUGAUAGAAAAGUACACAACUCUUCUCCUCCACAUUCUCCUUCUUUUGAAUUGGUGAAUGAUGAAAUUGGUACUUCUGUGAAACGAGAACGAGAGUAUCAUGAUUCUGAUUCGGUUAGGUAUAGUAAUGGUAGCAAUAGUGGUAGAUCGAGUAGUAGAGAGUAUAAUCAUAAUCAUGGUCGUGAACGGGAACGUGAAUUCAGUCGUACUCCACCUAAGAAACAGAUUCAAAAGAAGAGUGCUCUUCUUAGAAUCCAGACGGUAAAACCAAACCAUAGGAACCGUGACAUUGAACAGUUACGUUAUGUUUCUGAUUCUAACAAUAAUUUCUUCAGGGGUAACAAUAAAGAUCAACAUGGAGGAGGUUACUCAAAGGCUGAGGAUAGGAAAAAAGGAAGCCCAGUUGAACUUGACAUUUCUUUUGAAUCAAACUCUCUUGUGGCCAAGGCUAUUGUCACACCCCCACCUUCCACUUCUGGUGCCGCCGCUGCUCCUGUUUAUGGUAAACUGUCUUCUGUUGUUGAAAUUUUGAAUGAUAAUAAUAAUACUUCGCAGAAGAAUGCAGGUGAUGCUUGUAAUCCUUGUGACAAACGUGGGGUGGCAGUUUCUGUUAAUCCUAGUGGCACUGGUAAUCGGAAAUUGGCCUCUAAGGUUGUCAAGAAGAAGAAAAUUGUUAAGAGAGUGGUGAAGAAAGGUUCCGUAAAUCCUACUAGUUCAAGCGCGCUGGCUUCACCUUCUCUCGCCAAAGAAGUUGGUGGAACUGUGCAAGCAGGUAGUGUAACACACGACUCGUCCAAUGCUGCCUCUGAAAAUGUCAAAGCUGAAACUUAUUUGGAGGAGAAAAUCAAUGCUGUUGAUAAGGUGUCCGCGCCAGACAGUGAAAAGUGUGAAGAUAAAAAUGGGAGUUUGUCCCUGCUGAGUCUGGGGCCAGAAUUCAGAUCACAAGAAUGUAAGAUCAAUGAAGAUUCUGAUAUUGGGAAAGAAUCCAGGUUUGAAAGAGGUGGAAGUAUCUCAAGCGCUCCAUCUUGUGCUUCUAGUAGUGUAGAUAAAAACUGUGGUUCUGAUAGUGAUUGUUUAGAUGUGUGUAAUUCUGUCCAUGACUUGCUUAGCGUGACAAAAAUUGACAAACCUACUAAGUCAUUAGAUGGAAGCACUUCUGAACUCAAUCACUUGGAUUGUGGGAACAAGCAAUUAUGUCGGAGUGAAGUAUCUCUAUCACCUGGGAAGUAUAUAGAUGUUGGAUGUUCAGAGAAUAGGAAUCCUGUAGACGUAGGGAAUGAAUUGAAUUCCAAUGUCGUUUCAGAUGAUAUUAUAAAUACACAUAAUUCUGCUGAUGACAGCGUUUAUGGCUUCAAUUCCAACGAUCUUGCAAGUUCAGAAGAGAAGAAAAUUACUGUCAAUGAUAGUGAGAAUAAUAAUGACAUUGAUGCAGGGGCUUAUUGUGAAAAGACUGGUCUUGCUAUCACUACAUUGGAACAAAAUUCAGAUACAGCCAUAAGGAAUGAAUUGAAUUCCAAUGUCGUUUCAGCUGAUAUUAUAAAUUCACAUAAUUCUGCUGAUGACAGCGUUUACGGCUUCAAUUCUAACAAUCUUACAAGUUCAGAAGAGAAUAAAAUUACUGUCAAUGAUAGUGAGAAUAUCAAUGACAUUGAUGCAGGGGCUUAUUGUGAAAAGAUGGGUCUUGCUAUCACUACAUUGGAACAAAAUUCAGAUACAGCCAUCCCUCUGCCAUGCGGUGGAAUGGUUGCCUCUUCAAGUUUAGGAGAUAUUAGGAUUCAGGAUGGUCAAGAUUGCCUACAACAUACCAGUGUACUGAACAAGGGUUCUGAUGAUGGAUCGUCUAGUUUAGAAGAGAGUAUUGUUGUUCACCAAUUUGGUAUAAUUAAAGAUGCUGAAAAGCAAGUGUCCCCUGGUGAAGUUCCCGUAUAUGCUGAGAAUUGCGACAUAGAUAAAACAUUUCCAAAUUCUAAUAUUUCACUUGGAUUUGAAGUAAGGGAUACAAGUAAAGUAGAAAAGAGAAAUGUUAAGACUCGUUUAAAUUUUUUGAGUUUGGAUUUGGAUGAUAUAUCUCUUACUCCAGUUACCCAUUCAAAUGAUGCUGAUAGAGGCUCAAGAAUUUUAUUGAAGGAUCCAUGUUCUUCAGAAGUCCUAGAUCAUUCUAUUCAAAGGCUAGACUUUUACUCACUGUCCAACCAGGUUAUGGGCACUGCUUCACAUGGGAAAAGGGAUUUUUCAGAGACUGAAUCUUGUGUUGCUAAUAAUGACAGUGAUGAUGAGAAUAAGAUUUCACCAGUUUCUAAAAGGAAAAAAGUCUCUGCAAGUAACCCAAAUUUAGCUCAAUUUCAAACUGAAUUUAUUGAUUCCAUUGUAGCGACCACAUCUAGUGCAGAAGUUCCUAUCAGUUUCAGUGAUAGCCAAGAACAUAAGAAAGACGAUGUUGCAUUGUCAAAAAUGGGUAUGGAUAUUCAGUUUAAGGCUCAGUCGAUGCCUUAUUCAGGUAAUAUUGCUAAAUUAUCUGACUGUAUUUUCACUGGAGGAUCAUUUGAGUCUAUGAUUGCAAAUGAGGAAACCAAGAGUUCUGAGCAUUUGGAAUUGCAGCACUCAGAUAUUGUUGCUACACAAUGUGUGGACUUGGCCUUUCCAAAUGUUCAGUUUUCAGUAUUAGGGUGUGAGCAGAAAGACAGUGUUACUCCAGUUGUGCCUAUAACUAACACUCAAACUACUGACAUUUCGGUUAUUGGGAUUAUCAAGGGAGUUAAUACAGAUUCGCGUGAUGCUGAAAACAAUUACCAUUCUAGAGAUGAUUUGCAAAGGUCUCCAAGGGCUGAUAUGUUAUCUAAUGGUUUCAAUAUGAAGAAUGAUUCGCUUGUUCAGGAGAACCUAAUGUCCUGUCCUGUCGCCCGGAAUGGAGCCACCAUCAGUCAUUCAAAUGAUAAAUUGAUUGAGGAUUUGCCCAAUGCUUUAUCAGAUAUAUAUUCUCAUGGGACGACAUCUGAAUUACCCGAUAGAAUGAUUACUGAAUUUUCAGCAACCGAUGAUGAUGAAAACAUUUGCGGGGGUGAAGAAAAUCCCAAAACUGAAUCUACAGUCAAACAUGGUUCUGACUCGGAUACUUCUACUUCAUCAAAACAGCAUACCGAAAAAACUAUGAAGUUAGAUCACGUAAUUGGAUGUAGUGACCCAAUAACAAGGAAUAUCACGCCAGAACCAACCCAAGUUUAUUCCAAAGUUACACCCCUGGGCCUAAAUUCAUCUUGUUCUGAAUUAAAUGGAAGCAAAACUCAGCUUGAUGGCGUCAUCCUUAAAGCAUCUCAGGGUUAUUCUUUUACCUUUCCGAAGCCAAAAACAAAAACUCCUGCCUCUUCAAUGCAUGCUUUAAAAUCUCGAACUUGGCAUCGGACUGAUAAUAAUAAUCCUCCCGCUUCUCUACCUAGAGUCAAGCUUCCAGCCAGAAUAGUUCCUCUCAAAAAGCCAAUUCUCGAAAGGAAAAAGAACUUUCAAAAUACUUCUUACAUUCGUAAAGGUAACAGUCUUGUUAGGAAUCCUACUCCAGUUUCUGCUAUACCUCAAAUCUCCUCUACCAGUCUCAUGAGGAAACCUACUCCAGUUUCUGCUAUACCUCAAAUCUCCUCUACAAAUUUGCUACCUUUGGGGUUAGGUGAAAUACCUAAGGGCACCAAACCUGAAAGCAGGGCUGAUUUGACAGAUCCAUCAAUCUACUCAAAAACAAAAGUAUCUAAUAUUGCUCUACCCAUUGACACCAAAUCAGAGGAAAAUAUAUCUUUUCGGCUGCUAGAACCCCCUUCCAGUGGCUGCUGUGAAAAUACAACUGAUCUUAGGAAGUUUAUUGAAAGUAAUGAUGCACCAGUCUCCUCUGGAGAUGUAUCAAAACAAUACGAAGCUCUUGAAAAACAAACUGGUCCAUCUAACAAUGGGGAGUGUCAAGCUGAAGCAAAUGAUGGAAACAUUUCUUCUUUGAACUCAAAAAGAAUUGUUUAUGUAAAGCCUAAAACAAAUCAACUGGUUGCUACUUCGAGUUCUAGUGAUAUGAUGGUCUCUACUGAUGACAAAGGCCAAACAGCCUUCUCUGAUAGGUAUUUCAAAAGGAAAAAAAAUCAAUUGGUUAGGACUACGUUUGAAAACCACACAGUUUCAAUGCCCAAUAACAUUGGGAAUUCUGACGUCCAAGGAGCUAGUAGAGUAUUUUGCAACAAGAGGUUUACCAAGAGACGGUCACAUAAAGUUGCUGGGAUGUCAAGUAAAUCUUCAAGAGCCUCAUUGGUGUGGACACUUGGUGGCAAAAAUUCUUCUAGAAAUGACAGGAACUCGUGGCAUUAUCAAAAGUUUCCAUGGAAAAGAACAACAUAUUUAAGAAGCUUCAUUCAUAAUUCUGCUUCAAGCUUCAAUAGUGGUUCCUUAUCUGCAGCCGGUAAGAAAUUGCUUCUGUUGAGAAAGAGGGAUACUGUAUACACCAGGUCGACCCGUGGGUUUUCUCUUUGGAAAUCCAAAGUUUUAGGCGUUGGUGGGUCUAGUUUAAAAUGGUCAAAAUCCAUUGAGAAGCACUCAAAGAAAACUAAUGAGGAAGCUACACUUGCUGUUGCUGCUGUUGAGAGGAAGAAGAGAGAAAAGAAAAAUCCAGCUCGUGCGGGUUCUCAGACAAAGAGAGAACGUAUUUUUCGUGUUGGUUCAGUUCGCUACAGAAUGGAUCCUUCCAGGCGGACACUUCAGAGGAUUUCAGAUGAUGAGUCCCUGUCCUCUGCCUCAACCAGUUCAGGUUUGGUUUCUAAAAGAGGUUACAUCCCAAGGAGAUUAGUGAUUGGAAAUGAUGAAUAUGUCACAAUUGGCAAUGGAAACCAACUUAUCAGAGACCCAAAGAAACGAAUUCGAAAACUGGCAAAUGAAAAAGUUAGAUGGAGCUUGCACACUGCCAGACAGCGGUUGGCACGUAAGCAGAAGUACUGCCAGUUUUUCACAAGAUUUGGGAAAUGUAACAAGGAUGGAGGGAAGUGUCCUUACAUUCACGAUCCCUCGAAAAUUGCUGUCUGUACUAAGUUCCUGAAUGGUUUAUGUUCUACUGCAAACUGCAAAUUGACUCAUAAGGUUCUUCCAGAGAGAAUGCCCGAUUGCUCAUACUUUUUGCAAGGCUUAUGCUCAAACAAAAGUUGUUCAUAUAGACAUGUCAACGUGAACCCUAAUGCAUCUAUUUGUGAAGGAUUUCUUAAGGGUUAUUGUGCUGACGGAAAUGAGUGUCGGAAGAAGCACAGCUACGUCUGUCCUAGUUUUGAAGCAACCGGAACCUGUUCUCAAGGAACCAAAUGCAAGCUUCACCACCCCAAAAAACAAAGCAAGGGAAAGAAAAGAAAGAGAUCCGGAGAUCAGAACAACGAUAGUGGACGUUACUUUGGUUCUAUUUCUGCUGAUGUUUCUGAACCUGGGUUGACAGUGGCUCCCAGCCAUUCUCAAAAGAAUGAAGAACAUGAAGAUGAACUAACCGACUACAUCAGUCUUGAUGUGUAUGAAGAAGCGGCAGACAUGGUUGACCAAUCAUCCGAGCUAUCAACAUUUUGUGACAACGAUACCAUGGAUCUUCGGUUGGAUACUUCUGAUGAACUCAUCAAACAUAUUUCUAUAAUACCGAAAUUUGCUUUGCAAUUUCAGUCUAGAAACCCGCAAGCUUAGGCAAGUGGCGGAGACUAAAGGCAGUUUUAAAUGAGGUAAUUAAGGUAAUACAUAGUUUUUGGAAAAUUUGAGCUCAUUGAUUUUUAGUUUCUCUUGUCAUUUUACACAACAUAGGUCAUUUCCCCCCGCCCCCGUGAUUUUUAUGUAUACUAUUGUACAAAAAUGUAUGUUAAUUUGAUAAAUAGAGAAAAAUUACCUGCCCUAAUGUGGAUAGGUUUUAUCAUAAUUCUGAGUCUUCAAA